AGUCAAGAAAUCACCAUUUGAAAGCAACUCUGAACUUAACCAAGAUGUCUAUGAAAAUUACAGCAGCCCUGCUCCUGCUACAGCUAAGUAGCUUCUUUGGAUCUGGGAGUGCUGGGAAGGUACUGGUGUGGCCAGUGGAAUUCAGCCAUUGGCUCAACCUAAGGAUAAUCCUAGAAGAGCUUGUGAAGAAGGGUCAUGAAGUGACUGUUCUGAGACCUUCAGUUUACUUUUCUUAUGACGUUGACAACACAUCUGCUAUUGAAUUUGAAACAUAUCCUGCAUCAUUUUCCAGGACUGAUGCAGAAGAAUUUUUCAAAGAAGCCUUCGAUAAACACAUUUAUGAGCUGCCAAAGCAAUCAUUUUGGGGAUACUUUGUAAUGUUGCAAGAACUGUUUUUGUUCGAGUCAGACUAUUUUGAGCAUUUCUGCAAAGAUGCAGUUUUAAACAAGGAACUUAUGACAAAACUACAUAAUUCAAGAUUUGAUGUCCUGGUAGCAGAUCCAUUCUUACCCUGCGGUGAACUGCUGGCUGAGAUUUUCAAGAUACCUCUGGUGUACAGUCUCCGAUUCUUUCCUGGCUUCAAGUAUGAAAAGUACAGUGGAGGACUGCCACUACCUCCUUCCUAUGUGCCUGUUGCUUUGUCAGAAUUGAGUGAUCGAAUGACAUUCAUGGAGAGGGUACAAAAUCUAAUCUAUGUGCUUUCUUUUGACUUUUGGUUACAAAUGUUUAAUGAGAAGAGGUGGAAUCAGUUUUACAGUGAAGUCUUGGGAAGACCCACGACCCUCUCUGAGAUGAUGGGGAAGGCAGAUAUAUGGCUCAUUCGAACCUACUGGGAUUUGGAAUUUCCUCACCCUGUCUUACCAAACUUUGAAUACGUUGGAGGACUCCAUUGCAGACCUGCAAAGCCUCUUCCAAAGGAAAUAGAAGACUUCGUCCAGUCUUCUGGAGAACAUGGUGUUGUGGUAUUUUCCCUGGGGUCCAUUGUGAGUAACCUAACAGAAGAAAGGACCAAUGUGAUUGCAGCAGGCCUUGCACAGAUUCCACAGAAGGUUCUUUGGCGAUUUGAAGGCAAGAAGCCAGACACCUUGGGCUCCAACACACGGUUGUACAAAUGGAUUCCCCAGAAUGACCUUCUCGGUCAUCCUAAAACCAGAGCUUUUAUAACUCAUGGUGGCACCAAUGGCAUCUACGAGGCGAUCUACCAUGGGAUCCCUGUGGUGGGCAUUCCUUUGUUUGGAGACCAAUUUGACAAUAUUGUUCGCAUGAAGACCAAAGGAGCAGGGGUUCGACUGGACUUUCACACAAUGUCCAGCACAGAUUUGCUCCGUGCAGUGAAGACAGUCACUAAUGACCCUUCCUUUAAGGAGAGCGCCAUGCAGCUAUCAAGAAUCCACCACGACCAACCAGUGAAGCCCCUGGAUAGAGCUGUCUUCUGGAUAGAGUAUGUCAUGCGCCACAAGGGAGCCAAGCACCUUCGUGUGGGAGCGCAUGACCUCACCUGGUACCAGUACCACUCUCUGGACGUGCUUGGAUUUCUGCUUGCCUGUGUGGUGACUGUGAUAUUCGUCAUCACAAAGUGUUGCCUCUUUUGCUGCCAGACAUUUUCUAAAUCUGGAAAGAAGAAGAAAAGAGAGUAGCUGAAGUGGGGAGGAAUGACACAUGGACCUCCUCCAGUGCAUCACAGCAAGGGAGGCUGUGAGGGGAGCUCCUUCAUCUAGUGACAAGGCCACUUCUCUAUCUUAGGCUCAUCAAAUCACAACAUUAUUUAUAAAGUUUUAAGGAUUGACCAUAUGCUAGAAAUAUUUUGGUCACAGUGCAAGAAACUAGGAAAAAGUAACAAUCAAACUAUAUUACUGCCUUUAAAAAGAUAUUUCUGUGGUGCUGAAGCAUGUGGAGGCAUGCUUAUGAGUACUUUUUGUUCUUGUAGAAUAUCUGAGUUUUACCUCCAACACCCACAGGCUGCUAAGAAUCAUCAGUAACUCCAAAGUAUCUGGUUCCCUCUUCUGACUCCCUCAGACACUGCUUGCACACAUACAUGCCGGCAAACACAUUCAUGCACAUAAAAUAAAAAUAAAUCUUUUAAAAAAAAUGGCCAUAAGUUACAUGUUCUCCUCCAUUAUUUUCCAGGCUUAAUUCCAGAUCAUAAGUAAAUGAUGGCCAUAAGGUCCUUCAAAAAUCCACACAUUGUGUCUAUAUUGUUUUGAUAAUACUCAGCAUGUGUUAGCUACACAGUUGCAGAACUGUGUAGUUUUGUGGGGUUUUUAUCUUGUUUUGUUUUACCUUUCCCAAAGAAGAUGUCCAAAGACACUUUGUUGUGGUUCGAAUGAAAUGGCCACAGAUUAAAGCUGGAUAUCAACAGAAACAACAGAAACCUUACAAACUCA